AUGCCAACUGCAAAUCUUACGCGUGACCGCCCUAGUGACAUGCAGCCUCAAUCUACGGCUGCUGACAACGUGCAUCCACUUGAACGUGUCACAGCAACCACGUCCGAUAGAGAGAUAGAGCACCCUUCUUUGGCAGGCGAGAAUGCAAGAGAUAGAGCUACAACCAUAUCCGAUAGUGAGGCCGAGGCAGAUACCACAGAAGAAGUGUUCAAGGAGCACUUUGACGUGGAGGAUGGGAGCCAAAUCAGCUGCGGGGAGGAGCCGGGGCCUGAUGAGGAUGAGGAGCGUGCAGACAUGGGUCACAGCUCCCAAUCCACCAAUACUGCAACUCAUCCUCUAUCCACCACAACAGCGCAACAAGCGGCCAUGAGAAGCCAACGGCAGAUGGAAAUUAUUAGGGGAAGGCGAAAUGCAAGAGAGGCAGGUGCAAGAGGGCGGGAACGAGCUGGAACACCAGUAGCACGGCUGCCAACGCAAGGGAGCCAAAGUGCGCGUCAGCCAACACCGCAGCAGGGUGUUAAGACAGACAUGGGUCAGGCCAACGACGCCGCAGAGGCCACGGACGUCAACCACGGACGACAAACGGGACUGGGGGGCUUGGGCAAUGCGGAUGCUGAGCGGGUGGACAGUGACACCAUGGAGGAAGGGGCGGCCAUUAUUGUGCGCACGGGCCAGGAUGGACCGAGAAACAAGAGGAGGAAAAAAAUCACAAUAUUCAUCAAGCAAUGGGCACGGUGUUAUGCCCUCAUAUGUCGGUUUGGCAUCUACAGCAGCCAGAUGGUGGAGUCCAUCAACAACGCCAUUAAGAAGAUCCGCAUCUUGCCGAUGCCUCUGCAGCAGAACGUUUUUUACUGCGGCAUCUUCGUCUGCCAGUACAUUCAUGCGCUUGUGGAGGCGUGCUUCGAAGGUGCUGAGAAUGGGGUGCGGUUCAGCAUGAGCCCAUUGGCGUACCGUCGUGGGUUACGGGAUGAUGUGUGCGCUCUUGCAGAGGGUCGGCUGAUCGGCGAGCUCACGGCAGCAGGGCAUGAGAUCCCUUGUGGCAAUGAGAUAAGGAAACCACCUGAGGUCGAUGUGAUUGGUGAUGAGGCGUGGCAGAUGCCUCUGCAGCAGAACGUUUUUUACUGCGGCAUCUUCGUCUGCCAGUACAUUCAUGCGCUUGUGGAGGCGUGCUUCGAAGGUGCUGAGAAUGGGGUGCGGUUCAGCAUGAGCCCAUUGGCGUACCGUCGUGGGUUACGGGAUGAUGUGUGCGCUCUUGCAGAGGGUCGGCUGAUCGGCGAGCUCACGGCAGCAGGGCAUGAGAUCCCUUGUGGCAAUGAGAUAAGGAAACCACCUGAGGUCGAUGUGAUUGGUGAUGAGGUGGAGGAUAGGGAGUGGAGAGCAGAGAUGGCAGAACGGAUGCAUCGGCACUUGACCAGUAAUACACACACGCACAGAUGA